AUGAAGAUUCAAGUACCCCAGCUGUUCGGCAAACGUGACGAGCAAGACAGGCUCGAUACAGGACCUCGGAAGAUACUUCGAAAUAUCGCGGGCUUGGGGCUGCAGCUCUUCAAGCCGUUCACCGUCUCGCCUUCUACGUACGAACUUGCGCCUAUCAACGCGAUCCCUGCGCCUAAGCCUCUGUCGCCCUCGUCCUCGAGACCUCCCCGUCGCGGUUUCUACUUCGCUGGAUCUGAAACAAGCUGUGCGGAUACGACUCCGCCCACAACCCCCGAGCCAGUCUUCCUGCUCCCUGACGCCCUUAGUCUCUCAAGGCCCAUGGACUCACCCUGUCAUGCUUCCAUGAUCGUACAUGCUGAUCCAUCCACUCCCAGGUUCGACGAUGGCGAUGAUGAUAGCUUGGUGCAGAUGGCUGGUGUAUCGACGAUGCGCGGAGGCCAGGUUGAGUCUGGCAAAUCAGAGCAAGAGUUUUCAUCGAUUUGUGCUGAGGCUGACAUCGAUGACGACGUAUCAGACGUAUGGCUCGACGACAGUAAAGUGGAGUACCGUAUCCUUGACAAAAUCGGCGAUGGCUCCUACGGACGGGUAUUUGCUGCCGAAGCCACUCCUUGGGACCUCGGCAUGCCCUUCCCCAAACAGGUCGCCAUCAAGGCGUUAUCGAAGGAAGCUAUGAUAUCCGACGGAGGCGAGUUCUAUGAUGCGUUGACUGAGCGAUUGAAUCUGGCGAGCUGUAACGAUGGCGGCGACCCUUCUAUCACGACGCUUCUGUCGUCUUUCCAGGACGAGCAGAAUGUCUACCUGGUCAUGAGGCUUUAUGUGACGGAUCUUGAAACACUCCUUGAAACUCGUUCCGAACCGUUGCCUUGGGAAGUCAUAUGCAUUUAUGUCUCUGAGCUUGUCCGUGGUGUCAUAAAUCUGCGUAUCCAGAACAUCAUACAUAGAGAUCUCAAACCGGCCAACAUCUUUGUCACUCCUCGCGGUCACUUGUCUAUUGGCGAUUUUGGUCUAGCUCAUCAAUCAUUUCCUGAUGAGGUGUUACUAAGCGAAGAGUAUCUCGGGACGCUGCACUACCUCGCUCCUGAAGUGUGUUACGCCGAACAUGGAGACGGACGGUGUUACGACGACAAGGUGGAUAGCUGGGCGCUCGGUUUGAUAUUAGCGGAGAUAGCACUUGGGCUAAAAGAGCCCCUCUUUGGUGGAAACACCCUGGACGAGCUAGCAGCACAGAUCCGCGGGGCUAAGAUGAAAAGGUUGCUCAGGGGCAUUAAGAACAGGGACCUUCUGGCUUACUGGUGCUCACAGCUUCUGAUCAAAGAGCCCAAGCAUCGACUUGACAUCGUCGAUGUCAUCAACGAAAGACUCUUUAAGAGGAAAAGCUUCCCCUGGCAAUCUCCUACCAAGUUGAACGUGCCUGCAAAUCUGGUGCCAUCAGUAAAAGUCCUGAACGUCAACCGUGAUCUUACGCCUCCACCUCUCGACUCUCGCGCACGCAAAGACCCUCUAGCCUCGAAUGCCAACUGGGAAGAGUUCAACUGGUACUGUGACCCGAAGCAUCUCGUCGAUAAAAGACACGUCUUCCGCGUCACCAACAACAGAACGCUUCGAAGAGCUUCUCGUUCAGUGGUCGAUUGA